CGGUCUGAUUCGACGGUGUCCCUCUUCGGAUGGUCUAUGGACGCGCAUAAUUGUUCAGGGCUCAGGCAGCCUGCGCGCCCGUGCACGCGCGCACUUCAUAUGCCAGAAGUACCGAUUGAGCUCUCAUCCGACGACGACGAUGCGCGCGGCAUGGGAGCGCGCCGACACGUCUCCCGCCGACGCCGCCGGCACCACGCUCAUCUCCCACGUCCCGGGCACCUUUCCGCUGGGCGGCGGCGGCGGCGGCGGCGGCGACGACGGCGGCGGCGGCGGUGGCGGCGGCGGCGGCGGCGGCGGCGGCGGUGGCGGCGGCGGCGGCGGCGGCGGCAGCGGCGGUGCGACAUGCGAGGCGCCGGUUCCGAUGGGCAUAGCGGCGCUGCGCGCGUGCUUCCGACGGGCGUUGCGCACGGACGACGAGCGCCUCGACGUCGCCGUGAUCGCGCACUGCGCUAGCGGUUGGGCGGCGGGCCAGGACGGUGCGGAGCGUUUCGGCAAGUGGAGCGUCGGGAAAAGGAGACGCGGGGCGCCCAAUGGCGGGAGAGUCGCCUUUCACUGGCCUCGCCGCGCCGACGCGGCGAUCCUCGGCAAGGCGCGCGCCGGGGAGGCGCGGCCAGGCACGCACGACUGCGCGCCGCCGGAGUGGCUCAAGGCGCUACCGCUCUAUGAGGGGCACCCGCUCUGCGCCGCGCUGCCGCUCUACGAGCUCCAGCUCCGCCACGACGUCAUUGCCGCCGGAGAGAAGAGCGGCUACCAGUGCACGCCACACCUGAUGCUCUACGUGCUACACGAGCCGCUGCGCCGGGAGGAGGGGGCUACCCGCGACCUCCCGGCGGUUCGGCGUGUCCUGCUCACGUCGGCGAACCUCUCCGCCGCGCCGUGGGGCUACCAGCGUGCCAGCCAGCACGGCGACGAGCUCGAGAUCCGGUCCUUUGAGCUCGGCGUCUGCGUGCAGCCCGACCGGCCAAGCGAGCUCGUCGAGCCGCUCGGAAGCGGAGAGCAGGCCGAGCGGGCGCGCCCGCCCUCGGCGUGGGCGCAGGCCAUCCCUUUCCACAUCGAGCGCCGCGUGCCGUGCGCCGACCCGUUUGUGAGCCGCUCGCUGACGUACACCGAGGGCAAGGCGGAGAUGGGGCACCUAAACUACUGACUGCGGACGUGCAUGUAAACUCUCGAAGACUCUGCUCACUUGGCUCUUGGGUAUUGUGCCUGGUUCUCUCACUCUCUCCGCACAACGCACAUUACAGUAUUUUCUCGAAUCUCACGCCAGAGCAAUC